UACCCGGAUGAUGAGGGGGGGUCCCCGGCGCUGCCGCCCGCAGCCAUGAGCGGCCCCGGCCGAGGGGUCCCGGCCUCUAACAGCCCCCCCCGGCAGCCCCCAGCCAUGCAGCAGGUCCUGGACAACCUGAUGGGGGUCCCAGGCCCCCCCGGAGCUGCUGACCUCGACCUCAUCUUCCUCCGCGGCAUCAUGGAGAGCCCCAUCGUGAGGUCCCUGGCCAAGGCGCACGAGCGGCUGGAGGAGCGGCGCUUGGAGGCGGUGCAGGACAACAACGUGGCGCUGGUGCAGGAGAUCCUGCGGGACAUCGGGCCCCUGGCGCCGCGGGACAGCGCGGCCGCGGAGCUGAGCCGCAUCCUGCGCCAGCCGCACUUCCAGUCGCUCCUGGAGACACACGACUCAGUGGCCACCAAGAGCUACGAGACACCCCCGGGGAGCCCGGUCCCGGCCCCUGGCAGCCACCACCCGCUGCCCCCCGACGCCGUGCGCAUGGUGGGCAUCCGCCGCGCGCCCGGCCAGAGCCUGGGGGUGACGUUCCGGGUGGAGCGGGGGGAGCUGGUGGUCGCCCGCAUCCUGCACGGGGGGAUGGUGGCGCAGCAGGGGCUGCUGCACGUGGGGGACGUCAUCCGUGAGGUGAAUGGGCGUGAGGUGGGCAGCGACCCGCGGGCGCUGCAGGACACACUGCGUCAGGCCAGCGGCAGCGUCGUGCUCAAGGUGCUGCCCAGUUACCAGGAGCCGCACCCACCCCGGCAGGUCUAUGUCAAGUGUCACUUUGACUACGACCCGGCCACAGACACCCUCAUUCCCUGUCGCGAGGCCGGGCUCAAGUUCAUGGCCGGGGACCUGCUGCAGAUCGUCAACCAGGAUGACCCGAACUGGUGGCAGGCAUGCCACGUGGCGGGGGGCAGCGCGGGGCUGGUGCCCAGUCAGCUGCUGGAGGAGAAGCGCAAAGCCUUCGUGCGGAGGGACGGGGACAUGGCCCCCACCGCCGGGUCCCUGUGUGGCAGCCUCAGCGGGAAGAGGAAGAAGAGGAUGAUGUACCUGACAACAAAGAAUGCUGAGUUUGACCGUCACGAGCUGCUCAUCUAUGAGGAGGUGGCGCGGAUGCCGCCGUUCCGCAGGAAAACGCUGGUGCUCAUCGGCGCGCAGGGCGUUGGGCGCCGCAGCCUCAAGAACAAGCUCAUCAUGUCAGACCAGGCACGCUACGGCACCACCAUCCCCUACACGUCACGGAAGCCGAAGGACAGCGAGCGGGACGGGCUCGGGUACCGCUUCGUGUCGCGGGGGGAGAUGGAGGCUGACAUCAAGGCCGGGCGAUACCUGGAGCACGGCGAGUACGAGGGCAACCUCUACGGCACCAAGAUCGACUCCAUCCGCGCCGUGGUGGAGGCCGGCAAGAUGUGCAUCCUGGAUGUCAACCCCCAGGCAGUGAAGGUGCUGAGAACGGCUGAGUUCGUGCCAUACGUGGUGUUCAUUGAAGCGCCCAGCCCCGAGAUGCUGCGGGCUAUGAACCGGGCGGCGCUGGAGAGCGGGGUGGCCACCAAACAGCUCACAGAGGCCGAUGCCAGGCGGACAGUGGAGGAGAGCAGCCGCAUCCAGCGCGGGUACGGGCACUACUUCGACCUCAGCCUCACCAACGAUGACCUGGAGCGCACCUUCGGGCGGCUGCGCGAGGCCAUGGAGCGCCUGCGGGUGCAGCCCCAGUGGGUGCCCGUCAGUUGGGUCUAUUAGAGCCCCCCGGACCCCCAGCCCCAUGGCAGGGGCGGGCAGGCGCUUGUGCCCCCCGUGUCACCACUGGUGUGAUGGGCUCGCACCAGCAUCGGGGGGAGGAGGGGGGACCCUCCCCCAAGCAUCUGGACCCUCUUUAUCUUCAGCCCCAGAUUUGGGGGUGUAGGGGGAGAAGCCGGUGGGGUCCCACUAUGGGGGGGCAGCCCCCCCUGCCAUGCCCAGCAGCCCACAGCUGAUUCACUGCCAAACCUGCCCUAUUCCCCCCCAGGUGUCACCCCCAGGGACCCCAUAGCCCUUGUCUCAGUUUCCCCAUGGGGAAGCGCAGGCUUGGGGGAUGGGGAGGGUUGCACCCCACUGCAGCCCCAUAAGCUGCCAUGGGCCCAGGCGUCCCAGCUCACCCUCCCAGGGACCCCAUUGCACCCUUACCGGGGUGGGGGGACCCCCUCUGUCCCUGGUGCCCCUCGUUGCCCCUCCCAGGUAGCAAUAACCCCCCCCACUAACCCUUGAUUAACCUUGGAGCUGCCAUGGGGUGACAUGGGGAGCGCAGGGCUCACACAUGAAGGUGUGUGCGCAUACGUGUGGCCCCCUCCCUGCCCCCCCCGCCGUGGCCCCCCUGUCCUUGUCCCCAUCCCUGUCCCAUUCCCGGGGGGCUCCUUUUGGGACUUUGCUGUGACUUUUAUUAAAGGAGAGAGAAGCUGCGGGUUGUUCCCGUCCGGCUGAAUCCGUGUGUCCCGCGUGUCACACAUGUCACAACCGUCACCUCUGCCCACCCUGACCCUCACCCGCUGAUGGGUUUCCUCUGCUAAGGGGGGGUUUGCACCAUUUUGGUGCAUGGGGGGUGUUUGUGGGGCAUGAGUGCAUGCACACGCGUCUGUAUGUGUCUGCACGUGUGUGUACAUGUGUGUGUACAUGUGUGUCAUUGCACACACGGGCUCUUCCUUGGUGCUGCCGGGAGAGGUCAGCAGAGCUCAGGCACCAGAGCGGGGGGUGGGAAGUGUCUACGGGUGUGCAAAGGUGUGC